CCCACAUUGAGUUGUACAUUGGUUGUUCUUUGGACUAGCACCUCGCACCUUCUCACACAAUCUCUGUCUCACUCGUCAUCGCCUCAUAUCGACCUCUAGCUUGACAUAGGUUACAGGUAUUUACGCAAUUGCCUACCCUAACUCAAGUUUGUAAAUACCUAGGUACGUAUAAAAGCACAACCAUUACCUCAGCCCAAUGCCGUUAUCUUGUACCUUGCACCUCGUACCUCAUACUUCAUACACCAUCCGGGUAUUAUCCUUACAUGUACUGAUACCUACUUCGCAACUCAACUUUUCCCUACUCCUAUCUCUCUGCCAACAAUUAAGAAGAAUUAACAGCUGAUAUAUCGACAGAUCUUCAAAAUGGUCGAUAUAGCCCUAAAGCUCAUUGACAACCUUUUUGAGGCUCUCCAGAUUGGCGAUGCCGAAAAGGGCAUGCUUAAUGGUUAUUUUGAGAAGCAUGUGAAGAAUGUUGAUAGAAACAAGCUGGCAGCACACGCUUUGGAAACUGUUCUUACGUCUCUUGAAUCGAAUUCGGCUAUUACCGGUCUCCACCGAGAUGUCCUUCAGAACCUGAUACAUCUUCUCCGAAGCGAAGCUACUGGCACCCAGAAGAAGAAGCAUUCGACCACGAUCAAAACCACCGGGUCAACAUCCGAAACUUCAGCCGGCCCAGCGACAGAUCGUACAGCUUUAAAGCCCUCGAGUAAUCAGCUUUCUAGUCCUACGAAACCUGGUCACAAUGUAACUUUCCGUAUUAAUGGUGAAUCUUGUUCUACGGGAUCACUUGUCGAAACCCAGAAGGAACACAACUUGAAGGAUUCCAGUUUCCACGAUGAUGAUAACUUUAACCAACAUGGUUCGUCAUCAUCGACAACUAGUGGUGCCGAACUUAACGGACCCGCUGAUACUGAGAUGAAUCUUGCAGUGGCAUCGUUAUCAGACGACACAACGACUGACAGUAUUGAGCAUGCACAGUCCGAGAGUCCUGGUCCUACUUCUUCCAGCCGUCUCGGACCUAUCGACAUGCCCGCUAAGCAAACAUCCACUUUGCCGUUCACAACUAUCUUGGCUAACGGACCGGAAACCGCCGCCGGGCGUCACGAGGGAUCAGAUCGAAAGCUCUUACCACACGAAUGGCGCGAACCUAUUCCGCUCGAAACAUUGCAAGUCUCUAAUUCAGCUGAUGCCCAAGUUGACAAAGCCGACGCCAUCCAAAGUUUUAAUCAGCAGCUUCGCAAGAAUAGUGAAAAGGCUCCAUGGAUUGACGAACCUCCCAACGCGAACCAAGAUAAAACUGCCGGUUAUAAUCCCUGCGGUACUUAUGAACCGGAAAACCCGGGCUAUCGUUCCCGACGCGGUGAGCAUUCUGGUCGAUGGGGACGUCAUCGCGGUGGAAAUUCGACUAGAGCAAACCAGCCACUGCAGAAUGGUGCGAGACGCCCAAACUUUGGUCGAGGUCGAGGUGCUCAAGAAGUCGGGAGCCAGACCAGCAUUCGUACCCCUCCUCGACGUCGUCGCCGUAGACACGAUGGGUCUAUUUCGGUCUAUGGCUGGGGUCCAGGAAGUGAAGAGCUCAAGCCAUCCUUUAGAAAGUGGAAAGCCACUGUCGAACGCAGGGGUUCUCCGACGCCAUCAGAGUCUAUUUCCCACUUCACUGUAGGUUUUACGUCAGAUAUAGGAGAGAAUCUGCGAAACCACCCACCUAAUCAGAAAGACGAAAUCUGGUGAGUUCGUUGGUAUUUUAAAUACAUCAAACGAAUCAUGCGCCGUGUUUUAUGACUUCUUGACGCCAAGCAACACCAAACGCAACGGGUCUUCAAUUCUUCUUGACUGUCCGUACGCGGUCGUAUUUUCUUCUUCUAUGCGGUUUCAUUAUUUUUACUAAGAUUACCCCCUUCGGACCUAAGAUGUCGGAGUGGUU